UAUACAGUAUGUGUUGCUGUUAUUGUCAGUGCUACACUCCUGAGGCCUCCCUGCAGCUGAAGACGGACUGGGACAUUCAGACUAAAGCAGCAUUUAAAGACCAGACUGACAGGCUUCAGCUAUGGGAUCGCCAGAAAAUGUCUAAAGUUGUGGUGGUCGGCGACUUCAGUGUGGGAAAGACCUGCCUUAUUAACAGAUUUUGCAAAGAUGUCUUUGAGAGAGAUUACAAAGCUACUAUAGGAGUGGAUUUUGAGAUCGAGAGGUUUGAGAUAUCAGGAGUACCGUUCUCCCUUCAGAUCUGGGAUACGGCUGGACAGGAAAAAUUCAAAUGCAUUGCAUCUGCAUACUAUCGAGGCGCACAAGUGAUUGUAACAGUGUUCGACAUGGCAGAUAUUAAAUCCCUGGACCAUACAAGUCAAUGGCUGGAGGAGGCCAUGAGAGAAAAUGAUCCUGACUCCUGUUUCAUCUUUUUGGUUGGGACAAAGACGGAUCUUCUGCCCCCAGAUGAAAGACAGAGAACUGAAAAAGAUGCUGUCCGUAUGGCAGCAGAAAUGCACGCAGAGUUCUGGGCAGUUUCAGCAAAAACAGGGGAGAAUGUCCAGGCAUUUUUCUUUAGGAUAUCAGCUUUGGCCUUUGAAAAAUGUAUAAUGAAGGAAAUGGAGAAAAGCAUUCCUGCUAGUAUUGGUCCUGGGGAUAACAUAAAAUCAGAACGUAUCACUUUGGAAGAGGGCAGAACUCAAGAGAUGAAAAGAAGCUGCUGCUGAUGAACUGAUUCAGCUUUGGUGAGGAGAGCUGGUCUGCAGAGAAACAACCGGAACAAUUAAAGAAACCGGACUAAAAAU